CGCUACGCCGACGAUGAUGGAAACUUGACUGUCCAAGAGAACCUAUGGUUUAAUGCAAGAUGCAGGCUCCCUGCUGAGAUGUCACAGGCUGAAAAAGUUCUUGUUGUGGAAAGAGUUAUCGAGGCUUUGGGAUUGCAACCAGUUCGCGAUUCCUUGGUUGGAACUGUUGAGCAGCGUGGCAUCUCUGGUGGCCAGCGUAAGCGAGUAAAUGUUGGGCUAGAGAUGGUCAUGGAACCCUCUGUGUUGAUUUUAGACGAGCCAACGUCUGGUUUGGACAGUGCUUCAUCUCUGCUAUUGCUUCGCGCCCUACGCCGGGAAGCUCUUGAAGGUGUCAACAUCUCUAUGGUGGUCCAUCAACCCAGUUACACAUUGUACAACAUGUUUGAUGAUUUGAUACUUCUCGCGAAAGGUGGUAUGACUGUCUACCACGGGCCCGUGAAGAAAGUGGAGGAGUACUUCCAAGGUCUGGGGAUUGUCGUCCCAGAUCGUGUCAAUCCACCGGACUACUACAUAGAUAUCUUGGAGGGAAUCGUGAAGCCAAAUACGAAUGCAGCAGUCAAUGUCAAAGAUCUCCCUCUGCGAUGGAUGCUGCACAACGAAUACGAAGUUCCAAGAGAUAUGUUGCAGAGUGCUUCUGACUCGGGUGGCCCUGAAGCCGAAUCCAAAAAAUCCGUUGUUAGUGAAUUGUGGGGUAAUCUCAGGGACAUACUUGGGCAGAAAAAGGAUGAGUAUGAUUACAAUAAAUCUUCUGAAGAUUUAUCUAACCGGAAAACUCCUGGCAUCCUUAGGCAGUACAAGUACUACCUGGGAAGAUGUGGCAAGCAAAGGCUUCGUGAAUCUAGAAUACAAGGAGUCGACUUUCUGAUUCUGGGCCUUGCUGGUAUCUGUUUAGGGACACUGGCUAAAGUGAGCGACGAGACAUUUGGAGCACUUGGCUACACAUACACUGUCAUCGCUGUCUCCCUUCUGUGCAUGAUUGGUGCCCUUCGGUCAUUCUCCCUGGAGAAGAUACACUACUGGAGGGAAAGAGCAUCAGGCAUGAGCUCUUUGGCAUACUUCAUGUCUAAAGACACGAUCGAUCACUUCAACACCAUUGUGAAACCUAUUGUAUACUUGUCCAUGUUCUACUUCUUCAACAAUCCGAGGUCGUCGAUCUGGGAGAACUAUGUGAUCCUCGUUGCGGUCGUCUACUGCGUGACGGGGAUCGGCUACACUUUCGCUAUCUUCUUUCAGCCCGGUUCGGCACAGCUGUGGUCCGCGUUGCUUCCGGUUGUCCUAACUCUGGUUUCAACCGAGCAGAAGGGCACCGUGUUUGCCAAAUUAUGCUACACAAAGUGGGCUCUCGAAGCAUUCGUGGUCGCAAACGUAGAGAGGUAUUCAGGGGUUUGGAUGAUCACACGAUGUGGUUCCCUAAUGCAAACCGGGUAUGACAUCGACAACAAGAUCUGGUGUAUAGUCGUCCUCGCGGUGAACGGGAUAGUAUUCCGGUGUAUAGCCUUCUUCUGCAUGGUCAUCUUCCAAAAGCACUGA